AUGAAGGUUGACGGGCCUGCACCUUCCAAUCCCUACGAGCCCUCGACCCCCGACGAGCAGGAAGAGCACCAAGAUGUCGCACAACAGGACCAUCAAGACGUCGCACAACAGGAUCCUCAAGAAGGCGAGCAGGAGGAGCACCAAGUGGAAGAGCCCCCACAGACCGACGAAGCCCAGGUCGAGGAACACGAGCAGAGCAGCGCGGAGGACGAACUCCCGCUAACCGGCGAAGUCGUCGAGGCCACACCUAGCGAGGACGCGGAUGCGCCUCACGACGAGGUCCAGCAGUCAUCGUCUGCGGAGGUCGGGACUGCGCUUGAGGACCCAUACGUCGGGGGCGACGAAGACGCCGCUGGCGAACCCGAGACCGACCCAAUGCAGGCCGACGAGGGGCCAAACGACGCGACCAACGACGAGAGCGUCCUGGGCAUGCAACUAGACGUCGCCCCAGAAAACCUGGUGCCAGCUGUCUGA